AUGGGACGCGCCACCGACCGCGCCAAGGGGGAAUUGCCCCUCAGCGUCUUGACGAAGCCUCUGCCUUCCGACAAAAGGGUUCUGUUAACUCGACACAACCUGGCUCUUUGUUUCAUUCUUGAACAUUUCUUCCACAUCGGUAGUUUGCUCCUUCCUGCAAGCUGCGGGAAACAAGACUCGCCACCAACAAAACCUUUCACAAUGGCGACCCGGCGCGCUGCUGCGCUCAACCGCAUCCGCGGCCCUCAGUCUGCCCUUACAGACUUCCUUGCGUCUCACAACAUCUCGGCCCAACAGAUCCACCAGGAUUACCAGCAACGCCUCGCCGAAGCCGAGCGAGAGAGGAGGGAAAGUACCGAUAAUGCAGAUCCGGGCGAAGAAGAAGCAUCCGACGAUGACGGCGAGGAUCCUGUCGAGCGCAAGAAACGCAAGAGAAAGCAAGAAAUGGCUUUGAUGAAGAUCAAACAGAGCAAAGAGUUUAAGAAACGCAAAAUGGAGCGUGAACAGGAGGAAGGCAGCGACUUCGAAAUGGACGACGACGAAAUUGCCCGAGCCAUGAUGGCCAAAGCGAAGCCCCUGCCCGGCCAACUUGACAACUGUGAGCUAUGUGAAAAGAGAUUUACCGUGACGCCUUACAGCAGGACUGGGCCUGACGGUGGUCUCCUCUGCACAAAGUGCUCCAAGGAAUUGAAGGAGGAAGAAAAGAAGGAUGCCCAGGCAAAGAAGAAGACAGCGUCGGUUCCCAAAGGUCGGCGUCGUCAGACCGAAAGCGAUCGCAUGAUGGGCGACGUCAAACCGGGCGCCAAAAGCCUGGUCGACAUGUGCGUUCGUAAAGUGGCCGACGUCGUCAACGACAUCGAGGAAUUUGGUGACAUGCCACAAAGCCUGCUCGAUCGACUGAGCCAAAUUUUCUCCAAGCGAAGAGUCCUCACUCCUCGAAUCCUCGAACUCUUCCUCCGCCCCGACGUCGACCGUAUCAUCGUGUACGACUGCGGGAAGCUGGAGCAGGAAGAUUUUCAGAAGAUCUUUGCAUUGAUGCCUCAAGUCGAGAUCGUCAACCUGCGCUUUGCGGGCCAGCUGAAAGACGGACCACUGCUGUAUAUGGCUGACAAGUGUCGGAAGAUUCGUCACCUCCAGCUUGGGGCGACAAACCUAGUCUCGGACAGUGCUUGGAUUGAGUUGUUCAACUCACUUGGUCCUCAACUAGAAAGUCUCAAGUUGUCGGAACUCAAUGACUCGCUGAAGGAUGAGACGGUCGCCAUACUGGCGGACAAGUGCCAGAAACUCAAGAGACUCAAGCUGAGGUCUUGUACUCACAUGAGUGAGGCUUCGCUUAACGCCCUCUGCUCCCUGCGCAAUCUGGAACACCUCACCCUCGGCAGCAUUGCACAGGAAACAUCCCCGGAGACUCUGGUCAACCUCGUCUCCUCGGUCGGGCCAAAGCUUCGUACUCUUUGUCUAGAAGACUUCCAUGAACUCAACGACGACGUCAUCGAGGCCAUCAAGACUCACUGCCCAAAUCUCUACAAGCUGCGCAUUCGGGGAAGCAGCAUCUGCACAGACCGUGCCUUUGCCGAUCUCUUUGGGAGUGACUGUCCCUUCCCCCCUCUGGUCUACGCCGACCUCUCCGACAACCGUGACAUCGACAACGGAAACCCUGAGGGCCCGCAAGACGAUCCCAUUGGCUUCGGCUCGCAGGGAUUCUCGGCGCUGAUGGCACAUUCUGGUUCUCGACUCGGGUCUCUCAAUCUCAAGUCCUGUCGUCACAUCUCGCAUGCUGCGCUUAUCGAAGUCUUCGAUGGGGUCAAGCAGUAUCCUUCUCUCAGGGAUGUGGACUUGUCCUUUGUCACACAGGUGGACGAUGUGGUCAUGACCGGAAUAUUCAAAAGUUGCCCGUCGCUGGCAAAGUUGGCGGCAUUUGCCUGUUUCAACGCCCGGUCGACGAACAUUCCGGCUGGAAUUGCAGUGAUCGGUCUGCCGAACGCGAGUGCGAAUAUCGUACAAGGAGAUCUCGUCGUGGGGGUAUAA